GAACACUCUGUUGCCUUUUUCAAUGAUUGCUUAGUGUAUGCUUAGUAGAUUUGCAGUGCCAGGCUUGGCUAGAAUACUAUUGAGAAAGAGGCGGAAAUGUCACCUUUCCUCCUCUUCCUUCUUGCGUUUGCCCGAUCUGAGGCUGGCCCAUCUUGUUCUGACCUGUGUGAGGUAAGCUCUGAUGGCAGGUGUGAAGUGCGUGGAAUGAUGAAUAUCUUUAUUUGGGGGGUUACCCAUUGCGCAAUGUGCAACACGACCGGGCAGGCCAUCAGUGCGAAUCAGUUCGGGUGUCUCCCAGCCGCUGUGGAAAAGCUGCAAGUGGCGGGGCACUCCGACAGCGAUGGCAAGCUGAAGGCCCUGCCCAGUCUUGCGCGGGUCCGCAUACUGCUUCUGGGUCCUGGCCAGAUCCUGACGGUUGACCACGAAACGCUUGCGGCCGUGCCAAACCUCCUGGGGCUGUCCAUGAGCAACAACGCCAUCCAAACCAUCGGCAACUGGUUUGGCGGAAUCAAGAAGCUGACCAAGCUCGAGCUGUCCUGGAACCAGAUCAGCGAGAUCGAGAGGAACGCCCUCCAGCCGCUGACAGAGCUCUACUGCCUCAACCUCACCCACAACAGGCUCGGUGCUGUGAAGGAGUGGUACUUCACAGGGCUGACGAAGCUUGGGAUGCUACAGCUGUGCUACAACAACAUCUCACACAUCGACGGGAAGUCGUUCGACCAGGUCCCCGGGCUGCACACGCUCUCCCUUGACCACAACAAGCUGCUGGUCAUCCCCGUGGAGUUGCUCGCUGUCAAGCGUCUCAGCGUUGCAAACAACCCUUUCCGCUGCACCUGUGCACUGGAAGACCUGAAGUCUGCGUUGGAUCGCCAAGCCUACAACAAAUUGCUGUGCAGCUACCCGCCAGUCAUCUCGGGGUCAAGGGUUGCCGUAGCAAGGCGGUUCUCAAGAAUGCCAUGCCCGCCACCGACAGCCAGGGUCUCACGCCAGGAUCACGGAGCCACUCUCGUCUGCGAGGUCUUCUGGGAGAAACAGCCUGGGAUCGGCUGGUUGGAUCCAGGAGGGAAUGCCGUUGGAGAAGGAGAGGCACUCAACCUAUGGGGUGGCGCUGUCACCACAAGCUUGGAGCACGAGAUCCCCACCAGGCAAUCUCCGGAACCAGCAACGGCGCAGGAAACAGCCCACCACGGCCUUCCCUACAUCGGCAAGUCCACCUACACCCUCAAGAUGAGUCCGCAAGCCUACCGUUCCUGGACCAACGGCAGUUUCCGGUGCGUCGUGCAGUCUGCAGCAGGCGACGUGAAUCUAUCGCUGUCCAAGUCAAAUGACACCAGCGAUGGAUGGCAGAGGCAAGGGCACACCAUGGCGACACCACCGGUCCAGCAGAACGACAAGGCGACAGAAAGGAUCAUCAAACCGACGGGCAAGACCAACCACCAGGACGACACCACUCCAGAAGCUCACAAAGCACAAUGGAAGCCCACGGAGAGCCCUGUCUACCCCGGCACGACACCUACCCAGCAGAACAAGAAGAUCACAGAAAGUACCACCAACCCAACCGACAAGAUCAAGAACACGGACGACGCCACUCCACUAGCUGGCAAAGCGCAGUGGGAUGCCGUGAUCACCGCUGUUUACACCGGCACGGCACCUGCCCAACAGUCCGUGAGGAUCACCAAACCGACAGGCAACAACACCAAGCAGGGCGACACCACUCCGAUGGCUGACGGCAGAAAAUGGCACCCCGUGUUGAUGAUCGUCAUUGGUUCAAGUGCAGGCCUCGCUCUCUUCUUCCUGUACAAGGUCGCGACCGCUUGCCGCAGGCUCCGGAGAAGGCAAAAAGGCGACAUCUUCGGCGUCGCUACAUACUCGACAACGUCGGAGGCAUACCGCUACAAAACGUCCAGCCACCACCCGCUGCUGUCGUCACUGGGAAGCCUCACCACACAUAUGCUGAGAUCCCGGACGACACACCCAUCGAUCCGUAUGCCGAAACGUCGCAGCUGGAAAAUCCCGUGUAUGCUGCAGACCUGA